GACACACUUGACACGUUCGGAAAGCUUUCCAGUGCAGCAGCUGGCGCUGCGAUACCGCGCUGGACGAGCUCACUUUGCCUUUGUCGCCCAUCAUGCAGGUCGUACCGCUCGCACUGCUCGCCGCCAUGGCCGGAUCCGCGCUAAGCGCGCCAUGCGCCGUCGAGACGCUCAACCACAUUGAGUCGCAGCUGCUGGCCUUUCCGACGCUCAAAGCGUGCGACGGCCCGACGCCGGGCUGGAGCUUCUACGCGUUCUACACCGAGGACAGCGCGUUCCCGACCUCGGCGCAGACGUCGAUCUUCGAGUCGUAUCCCGCCUGCCAGACCGUGUACAAGGCGUUCCAGGACGUUUUGUCGGGCACGCCGGCCUGCGACUUUUACCCGAACGAGCCGCUGCACAAGCUCGCGUCCUUCCCGCACUUCCGCGACCUCGUGAGCUACAUCCAGAGCCACGAGGCGCGCACGGGCGAGACGGCGACGCUCACGCCGACGAGCAAUAACAACAACAACAACAACAACGCGAGCAGCAGUAACAACAACAACGGCCACAACAACAACAGCAGCAGCAAUGGAUCACCGGCGCCGACACUCGCCCGGUGCAACGUCGCCGACGUGGGCUCGGUCGUGGCGCAGAUCAAGGCGAUCCCGCAGGCUGCGCAGUGUGCGAACGUGACCAAGUUUGACUUUGACGCGUUUUUUGCCCAAACCAACGUGUUUCCGAGCCCGAGCCAAGUCGCGCUCUUCGAGUCGACGCCGGCCUGCGACGUCCUGCUCGCCGACGUCAAGAUCAUCCUGCGCCAAGGCCCCCACUGCAACUUUUAUGAAAACGUGUCGCUCCAAAAGAUGGCGGCCAUGCCAAGCUUUCAGGACCUAGUCUCGCUCGAGAUGGUCCACGACCACCCUGGAGCUCAAGUCGCAACCACGGCGACGCCACUUGCAACGUCGUCGGAUGGCACCUCUACCAAGUCGACGAGCGAAGGUGCGACCGCGUCCUCGGGCGUCUCAGUGGUCGGUGCGGUCGCGAUUGCGGCGGCCGCCAUCUUGGUCGUGGCCGGUGCCGUGUGGGCCAUUCGCCGCAAGCGCCAGCAAGACAAGACGGGCGACGACACGCAGCAAUCGAUCUACGUUGUCAACGCCCACUCGGCGCUCUAACACUGUAAUGAAGCCUAUAUACUAAC